AUGCCUCAGGACUACGUUCUCGCUCGUCUCUUGGCCAACAAUGUCCAGUGGGCCGAAGAGGUUGAGAGGGACAACCCCGGGUUCUUCAAGCGGUCCGCGGAUGAGCGGCAGCAACCUAAGGUUCUUUAUAUCGGCUGCUCCGACUCGCGCGUGCCCGAGUCCGUCGUGACCAUGUCCAUGCCAGGCGACAUCUUCGUCCACCGCAACAUCGCAAACCAAUUCCGCCUCGACGAUGACAGCGCGCUCGCUGUGCUUACCUUCGCGGUCGCUAACCUGGGGGUCUCGCAUAUCAUCGUCGCCGGCCACACCGGCUGCGGCGGCGUCCAGGCGGCGCUCGACACCGCGCACCCGCCCGACUGCUUCGAGCCCCCGUCCGACCCGCUCCCGCACUGGCUCGCGCCGCUGACGCAGAUCGCGCGCGAGUACCCGGGCGACCUCCCGGCGCUCACGGAGGCAAACGUACGCGCGCAGGUCGAGAACAUUGCGAGGACGGACGUGGUGAAGGCCGCGUGGGCGGCGGUUAAUGCAAAUCCGGACGAGAACGUCGACCUCCAGGUGCAUGGGUGGAUGUACGAGCUCGAGACGGGUUUGAUGCGUGACUUGGGCAUCUCGAGGGGCAAGGCGGAUGCUGAAUGUGAACCGGCUUGAGCCUCCAUGGGUUGAGAUGUACUUGUAUUGCGUUGCUCUUGGCUGGUG